AAUAAUGCAGAAUAAAUCCCGUUUAAAUAAAAGGGAAUGGAGAAUAUUUCAUACAAACAACGAAUUGAGUAAAUUCCAAUGCAUUUUUAACCAUGAAAUACCGAUACCUAAAUGUGAUCCAAAUACUUUAUAUGCGUUAAAUAUGCCAUUAAAAGGGAGAUUGAAGAAUUUUUAUCGAGCCGGUUAUAAAGGAAAAAAGUUGCAGUAUGUUAACGAAUUAAUGAGAAAAAUUCAUAAAUUAACCAUGAUAGCUUCGAAAAAUCACCAAACAAUUGAUAUAUUUGAAACGAUUAGGAAUAUAAUUCCAAAAGAAUUUCUUGGAACAUCUCACCAUUACAAAUUGUAUUUGAAAAUUGUUAAAAAAAUCCUUUCCCAGUCUAGAAAUGAGCACAUUUUCGUUAGAGACAUAAUCAGGAAUUACAAUUUCAACGAAAUACCUUGGUUGAAAGGUUUUAACCAAAAACAACACAUUAAUUAUUUAUAUUUCCCUCUCAUUUGGAGUUUGGACGCUGUUAAAUAUCUAAUACGGAAACGAUUUUAUUUCCUUCCUCACCGUAUUUAUCCAUUUAGAACAGAUUUAGUCCCACAUUCGAUUUAUAAACGUUUCAAAAAAAGGGUUAUAAAUGUAAUUUUGAAGAAAAAGUAUGCAAUUCCAAUAAAUUUUGAUGAUGUUAAUAAAACGGAAAUUAAAGGGGUUGUUCGAUUUUUACCAAAACGUGAAUUAAAUGAUUUAAAAUUUCGACCCAUUAUAAAGAUGACUAAAAAACGACCAUGGGAUGUCGUUCGAAAAUAUUGUUUAUAUUUAAAAAAUUACGCCUCUAAUUUAUCUGGAACUCAAACGGGACAAUUUUAUCAACCUUGGUUGGAUUAUUUGCGUAAAAUUGGAGAUAAAAAAAUAUAUUUUGUAACAGUGGAUGUAUCCGACGCUUUUGGAAGGGUCGAAAUCGAUGUUUUAAUUCAAUUAAUUCAAAAUAUGAACGUUAAUGAAUCGACGAAAAACAUCUUAUUAAGUCACAUCACCAACCAAAACGUGACCUUUACAAGAACACAUAAAACGAAAACUCAAAUUUACCAAUGGAAACACGGUUUAUUACAAGGCGACCAUUUCUCGGGGGUUUUGUGUAACCUUUACAUGUCUUACAAAGAUUCCAUUAUCCUUUCUGAUUUAUUAUUGGAUAGAAACAAUUUUAUUCAUCGUACAACCGAUGAUUACAUCUUCGUAUCGAUUAAUAAAGAAAAUGUGGCAACGUUCUUUAAUAAAAUGAAAUUUGAGUACGUUCUAAAACUUUCCAAGGUUUUAACGAACGUUGAAAUAUCAAAGAAUAGAUUUAAAAAGGAUUCUCCGAAUUACCCAACGAGCGAUAAAAUAUAUUAUUGUGGGUUAAUUAUAGAUACAAACACGAAAGAAGUUUUACCCAAUUUUAACGUAAUUCCAAAAAUGAGUUUGCACGGGAAAUUUCAAAUUUGGAAUCGGAAUUAUUUGGUGCAUCAAAAAUAUUUCUUAAUAAAAUCGAUGCGAUAUUUCUAUAACAAUAAUUAUUUCAAACGAACCUUCAUGAAUGGGUUUUACAACAAACCAACGACGAUACUCGAUAGUUAUUUUAAAGCCAUGGUUAAUUUGGCGUUUAAAUUCGAUUUAGCCGUUGAGGCGAUUUAUAAUCGAAAAUCAAUUAACGAUUAUGGCCAAGUAAUAGGACAAGUUGUUCUUAUUUACGCUGGAAAAACUUUAAGAACAAUAUCGAGGUACUCGAAUAAACAUACAAAUGAGUUCAAAAUUACGUUUGAAAUGUUGGUGAAGGUCGGAUAUUGCGCGUUUUAUGUUGUUUUACGAAAACGGAAUGCGAUUUAUGAUAAAAUUAUUGGGGAAAUAAGAAGAAUUAAUAAGAAAAUUUUUAUCGGGGGUGAAUUUAACGUUAAGAAGUUUCUAAAAUUACCUAAAGAUUUUGAGGGAGUUCGAAUGGCGAGAACGGUUCAUAUACGUACUCAAUAACUUUAUAAUUUCAUUUCGCUUUAAUUUAAAUAAAUUAAAAAUAAAAA